UAUAUUGUAGUAACCACCAAUUAGAUCACUCCAUACUCACUUUUACUCAAUCAAAAGUGAUAGAAAGUAAAGCAACGAAAAUAACAACCAUGCCAGGAGACAUGUCAGAAAACAGGCGCGGCUAUGACUCUGCAGCGCUUGCCUUAACGCAAUCGGUAUUCCUUCAGCAAAUCGGAAGUGGGGCAAUGUCCUACACAGAUAACAAGUACAUGCCUUACCAAAGCAACGGUAACAGUCCGCCAGACCUCAAGCAGCAACAGAACCAUCAUCCUAAUAUUCAUGGCUGCUCUUCCCUACUACCCUCAAAGCAUGGAAGACCAAUUGACUCAGACCCUACUGAUAGUGUUAUAGAUGAGGGCGAUAACGAUCGUUUGCAAAAGCGUAAAAAACUUGAUAGCGACUUUUAUAACGUUAAUCAAAUGUAUACCCAGGUGCAGCAUCAGCAAGGGGCUCCCCAGAAUCAAGGUGCUCUUCCAAUCUCAAAUCAUAAUACACCAGUUGAACAGACGCCGCCAAUUUCGAGCAGUGUCAAUGGCAAAGACCAAUCGAUUGCACAACAUUCACAUUUGCAAAAUGCAGAGACACCGUUCUGUCACAACUCUGGUGGCUCCGACUCAGUACAAUCUACUCUUUCGCAAUCUGCUGACCGAGGACAGCCAGAAGACAAUGGUCCUGAGCUUAAUCGACAUCUUUGCUUCGGAAUGAUCCAGUCUCUCGUUGUAACACUCUAUCCCAGGCAGUUAGAAUACGAAGAGGGGAAGUCUGAUCCAGUCAAAAUCAAGCGUACUACCACUGCCAACAAGGCAACUCUGGCUGUGGAGCACGAAGCAGGCCUUUACGGGUAUGUUGUGUCGGAGCUAACGGAUACGAUAAUCCCACUUGUCGAUGCCAAUAUGAUAUGGUGGGAAGCACAUGUACCACGUCAGCGCAGACAUAACGUAGGUUAAGCCAUCCAGGAUGCGAUCUAUCAUUAUAUCCGGCUGAAAAGAGCAUUACUUACAAUGUGAGUUAUUUAUAUCACUAGAAUGUCAGUGUGCCUGUCAACAUCAUUCUUUAUGGACCACAGGAG